ACGUGAAUGUAAGAAAACACUCCUGAAAACCCGAUUAUUCUCCUUUUUGGCCUUUGAAGAUAAGUUUUUCUCGCCUCCACGGUGUCUAAGGGGAACAGCGGCCCCCCAACAGCUGAUCGUCACAACAAUAACAAUGUCAGACACCGAGCACAGGGAGCUGUGUUCGAAGAUCGCCAUCAUCCGAGAGGUUUACGACAGUGACUCAGCCCAUGAGACCUUUGAACUUGAGCUAGAGAGAGCCCUGGAGAGCGGGGUGCCCACCAUUGUCAUCGAACCAACCACCCUGGGCGACGAGACAGCCAGAUGGAUCGCUGUCGGAAACUGUCUCCAUAAAACGGCUGUCCUCGCAGGGUUUGGCGCAAUAGCUUCAGGUCUGAUCUGGCGUGACACUGCCUAUGUGUGUAUGCCUCUGGGCACCUUGUCUCUGUUCUGCACCGGUGUCUACACUGCAUCAUGGCAGUUUGACCCGUGCUGCAAGUACCAGGUUGAGUACGAUUCUGGCCGCUUGUCCCGCCUGCCCCUCCAGUCCCUGUCCUCCGCCUCCCCUGUCGUCCUGGUGAGAAGGGAUGACUCCAAAAGAAAAUUAUUACAUAGCUGUAUAUCUUUAGUUUCCUUUUCUUACUGUAUGUGGAGAUUUUAUCAAGUGUAUAAAUAGACCUGUUGAUUCAGUAUUGUUUAUGUAUUGUUAUAACAGUCCGACAGCAACUAAGCAGACUGCAAGAAUAAUGUGAACCUAUGUAAAUUCCUCACUAGCAUAAGAGGUGUGCUUUGCCUGAAGAAAGUGCAAGAUAUACGGUGUCGUUACUAUUCUUUCAUUUUAAUUGUAGGAGACGUCUUGAUAUGUGAGACCAGCUGACUAUGGAGCUUCCCUAGUCCUUGCUCGAGUCCAUUAAGAUGUAUCAGUACUGUGCUUAAGGGUGUAAGAGGCAGUCAGGACACAGAUGGGAGGCAUGGGCAUAGAGGAGAGGGCCAGGAUGUGUGUGUACAGAUGUGGUGUUGCAGAUUCCAUAAUUGGUGAUGUGUGUGUGAAACGUGAUGAACCAACACUCCCGUCUCAGCGCAGAACAAAGACAUGCUCGUGGUGUAAAGGAAUUCAGGGUGUGGAAGAUACCAGACGCUGCAUUUGAGUUUGGUUUUAUCCGGGAUAUUAUGACAGAAAGUACACAUUUUUCUCAAGUGUGUAUCAGUUGUUUUAAAUAUGUAUGCAGUUUUAUUAACCAAUAUUUAUUUCACAGUAAAAACAAAAAAAUAAUAAUGUCAGGGAACUUCAAAUGUCUAAGUAAGGUACUUGGCAAUAAUAUCUGCCUUCCAAAGUUUGCAUUCGUCAGUGGUUCCCAACCCUCUUGUGGGGACGCAAAGGGUUUUCUUGAGGUCGCCAAAGCAUCAAAUUAUUAAAAUAUAAAGAUAUACUUGUUGAAUAGCCAAAUUUGAGGUAUUGCCAGUUUAUGUCACUACUAAAAACAAGCAUUUGCUGAAUUAUGUGGCAUAUAAAAUAUAUAUCUGGUGUACGUGUGUGUGUGAUAUGUCAUUAGCAGGGUCAUGGUCAUGCCUGGACGAGGAUGACUAGGGUUGCAAGAAAAUGUUGGGAGCCAGUGGUACAGAUAGCAAUGUCAUUUGCCUCAAGCACUGAAUGAGACAGUAUUGGCGAGACAGAGCAGGGACGUUCCAGGGAGAGCAUGAGAUGUGAGGGGCGGCAGUGUGUACCCGGUGAUGCAUGACAGUUUUGUAGCUCAAGAGAGGGCCUAAGAAGCAGCAGGACACAGAAGGGGUGAGGGGUCAAUAGGACACUAGUUACCGAUGAAAGGACACGAGGGAGUGACAGUACCGGCCCUUCAGGAGGUGGUGCCGUUGUGGCCUGCGGGGGGGCGGGGCAGUCCAUGAUGGCACGGACACAUAGCACAAUAUUUAAGGAUAACGAAGACCUCUGUUAAUAAUGACAAAUUCCAUGUUAAAUUACUUCCCAUGAGCAGUACAAUGGACCAAUUUUUUUUGUAUGUAGUGAUAUUUAUAAAGGUGUGACGAGAAGCCUGUUGUGACGAGAAGCCUGUUGGGUGGAGCAGAAGUAGGAAACUCAUCAAUGUAUUUGAUUAGUUUAGUCACAUCUUGAGUUUGAACAUGUAUAUAUUUUUAUUUUAUAAUUAUUAAAUAUUAAUCAUUUAGUUUACUAUCAUUAUACUUUUGGUGGAAUGCAUAAACUGAAGCUUUGACUUUUAAGCACAUAGAUGAUAAUAAGGGCUUGCCAGCAUUGUAUUAAGAAAAAGGUAAGAGUGGAUGAGUAUUGGAGAAUGUUGGUAGGGUGUUGGAUAUAGAUAGAUAGAUAGAUAAAGAUGUGAGUAAUGUUCUGGAAAAUAGCAAAGUCCUGCAGGUUGUGGCUUACAUAACUAGUUGCAGCAAUUGAAAGGAGGCCGAUGAAAAAAAAGCAACCUAUGUCUUAUAACACCUUUAUUUUCUUACCAAUAGUCAUGACUGAAGACAACGCAGAUUUGCAUAAAAUAUUUACAAUAAAUUUUCUACUAGAAAUAUACCUCAAACUUUGUGACUUUCAUAUUGACAAGAAAACAUAGCAACAGUUUUUAUAUAUAUACAAAUGUACAAAACACACCAACCUUCCAAAACAGAAGACAUAUGCACCACAGGUCAGCCCAGGAACAUCAGCAAUGCAAGUCAUGCCACUCGAGUAGAGCUUGUCAGGCCUCUACCCUCAUCAGGACAACUCGGGGUGUUGCAUUAUACAGUGUAAGGGUGCUGGUGAUGAUUCUUUCUUGCUUCAAAACAAAUCAAAUACAUCAAAAAUUUGGUCUUGUACAGUUUUAAAUGAUGCCCACUCACCUUUGUCAAUAUUUAAGAUUUAACACUGAAUUUGCAGCGAAACUCAGUAGUUGACUUACACGAUAUUUUCACAUAAGUACACAGUUCUUCCAUCUAACAAGAAUUUUAUACAUGAAUACAGUAGUUGAUAUAUGGCUAUGAAAUUAUACUUAAGUGUUGAACUAAUGAAAGAGAAAUAGAAAGAAAAAUGGCUUUACAUAAAGAAAAAAGUAUUUCCAUGAGACUGUUACAACCAUUUCACUGACUAUUCUUCACUAAAUGACUAGUUAUGACUAAGCAAGUUGCCCACCUGCUUGCAAGAUUUAGUGAGCUCCUGACUCUUUGAUUACAGGACGUCUAUGUGAGGAAGAGGAAACAAAACAAGACCAGGCUAUCACUUAAGUCCAUAUUCUUAAACGUACCAGGUUCCCAUCUCGGCUAUUUCCCAAGGCCGCAGAGAAGAUUAACCGGGUUUUCACGGGUGACUUUUGCGUUCAUGGUGGCGUGUACAACUAUCACUGGGAUCACCAAACAAUCAAUGAAAACCCCAGCAACUUCUAAGAGAGGCUUUUCAAACAGGUGAACUGAGGUGCCGAUACGUUAAAGAAAACAAGCUUUAGUCCAAACGUUCGCCCUCCACCGCAAUCGCUACCGGAGGACGACAAGGAAGAGGAGGAGGAUUACGCGGAAUUUCCUUAACAACCAACCAUGGCGUAACCUCUAUAACUAAUACAAAACGUUACAAUUGUCAUGUACAACCCACCUAACACAUUGUAACCACUAAUUAGGUCCCAGUCGGAUAGGUCUAGCUUUGCCUUGUAUGAUGGUGAAAAAGCUGGCAUGAAAUAUGAAGUACAAUGUAUAAUAGAGGUCGUUGAAUUAUAACUUUUUUCCAGCCUGUGAAUGGAUGAACACGCAACACUAAGCCUUCUUUAAUACCAUAACAAAAUAUUCUCAGGCACACUAAUCCUCAAGAUGGUGGAUGAGAAAAAUGAUAGGCCUAUGACAUUCACGUCUUUACCAAUAACUGCAUAUGAAUAUUUUACGGUUUAUUUUAGUUUUGAGUACUUAGUUUGUUUGUGUUCAAGGCGGUCAGAAAAUACUAUAAAACAAGACCUUUCUUUACGUUCUGUUGCAUCUUCCUGAAAUUCACAUUAGUACUUGUAAUACGGAAAUUAUUAACUCUAUUCGAACACUGGUAAUGACAUGUAAAUUAACUCUACUACCUUGGGGGGCAGAAGAGCAAUAUAUUACAACUCAAGAGACACUGUAUUUCAGCUAUUUCUUCUUCAUCAACUAUUUCCUGGUAAUGGGGUGUAGCUGUUCAUGAUCUCAUUGACCAAACAAUCAAAACACUUUCAGCAAGUUUCAUCUGUCAGCCGUCCCGGAGUGCGCUGGAGUGGACAAGGAUGAGGUCUGGGUCAUGUUCUGUAGACAGGUCAUGGAGGUAAGCAGGAUACUUCUGUCGGCGCUAAGCUAUAACAUGUUCACCACCUUGUUGAGUGGGCAUCUGAGCCAACACGGUUUUGUACGUAUGUGUUCAUUAUGACCUUAAAAGUAUCUUCAGAGCAGAUGAAAAGACCAUGUUUACAUAUUAUGAUAAAGAUUUUCAUUCAUAUAUAAACAAUGGAUUACAUACAUUUCCAUGUGAUGAGUAUGAGCAUUCCACAUUUUCCUUAAAUAUAAUUCUUCCAUCAUCUUUUAGGACUCUCCCGGGACUUAUACACACAUGGUAAUGAUGGAUGAAGGUGCUGCUGAGUGACCCGGCCACAGCGUGUUCUGCCUUCCUCAAGGACCACACCGGAGGGUAAGAACCAUUACCAUAAAAAAAACUUGAGCACAUACAUGUAUUUGAAGUACAAAAUACACACAAGCCAUUCUGUAAAAUAACUCUUCCCUAAAAUAUGACUCAAAUAACUGCACAUUGAUAAAGAAGUUUUUUUUAAUUGUUGCAGUUAUAUAUAUAUAUAUAUAUAUAUAUAUAUAUAUAUAUAUAUAUAUAUAUAUAUAUAUAUAUAUAUAUAUAUAUAUAUAUAUAUAUAUAUAUAUAUAUAUAUAUAUAUAUAUAUAGACUGCAAGUGAUUAAUAACAACCAUAAUUUGAGUUGCAUAAAUGGGAGACACCCAAUUCUUUAUGAAGCAUUUCCUCGGCUCCAGAAAGACAUAAAAAAUAGUAAUUAUCAUUACUUCUAAUAACAAGUGUAUUCUGCUUCCUCACCGAGCCAGGUUUCACCUGCGGGUCAGCCUCAGACAACGGGUGACACGACCAAGAACACAGACUUGUAGGCGCACAACUGUACAACUUUUACACACACCAGAAAAGAAGAAAUCCUAAUUUUAUAAAGUCUUCUGUCAGUUUCACUGAACUGUUAACAGAGCUGCAUGAAGUGUUUUAAAGGUCUACAUUAUUCAAUUGUCCAUAUUUUGUAUUAACACGAAAAUAUCAGUAACCCUAGAGUAAGGCAAAGACAUGUGCUAACUUUAUUUACUGUAGAGAUCAGCUGCCGUGCUGCACCUGCCUGCUGCUGCUGCUGCUGCGUCACACACAUGAAUGUGCUGCAUACAUGUGUGUGUGUGUGUGUGUGUGUGUGUGUGAUAUAUAUAUAUAUAUAUAUAUAUAUAUAUAUAUAUAUAUAUAUAUAUAUAUAUAUAUAUAUAUAUAUAUAUAUAAAGCAUGAGUGCAUAAUUUGUGGUCUUUUGCGCCAAUUUCCAUUACCAUGAAGGCCGUAUAAAUCAGGUCAGUGAUGAACUGUGCUGCAGAGAAUGAACACUACUCCAAUAGAGGGAAAACUUUUCAAUGGAUUACAAAGUCAUAUAAUCAUACUCUAACUUAUCAAGCAGUGUGUGUGUGUGUUAUAUAGUUUGUAAGGAGGUUCUGUAUCAAUGACACUGCUCAACCUCAUGAUGCAUCCUUCCCACAUGACAUGGGAGAGCACACUGUUUCAAUGUCAUACAGGGGUGAAAGUAAGCCGGUACGCAGUGGUACGCCGUACCGGUAAGAGAUAUACAGCCGUCUACAGCCAGUACGCAGGGGUACGCUUCUGAAGACAACUUUCACCCCUGGCUACCUACCAGGCGAUAGGAUUUGUUUGUAAACAUGAAACGCUCGUAUUACAAAGUAUCUCAUUAUAUUUGGUGAAUUUCUAGCGGAUUUGGAUACCCAAUCUUGCACAUUUUUGUCUGUCAGAGUUGACAGCACUGCCUGAGUGGCUCACGUUCUCAGUUUCUCACGGGUUCUGGACGAGACGAGUGGCGGCCAGUGUCGCGUGCACAGGGUACGCUGUACCAGGAAGAGAUAUACAGCCGUCUACAGCCGGUACGCAGGGGUACGCUUUUGAAGACACAGUAGCUGCAAGAAUCUAAUUUUACUUUCACCCCUGAUGUCAUACACAAGUAUGAUUAUUAAAUAAAAAUUUAUAAUUUUGUUACUUUAAAGGUACAUUUUCCUACUAGAAAUGUUUGCUUUAAGAAGCAGAGAUAUUUAAAGGGAGUCCUUUUUCUCUAUAUCAAGCCAAACUUAACAAGGCUUGUGUGCUUCAACCUAAGUAACCCAGCGCCGGCCAUGUUUUCAACAAGUUACACUUCUCACCUCACACGACUCAUACUAAAAUAGUACAUGGAAUACAUGUGAUAUCUCUCUUAUCACAAUCAUCAGGCUACCUAGACUAAUAUACUGUAUAUAUAUAUUUUUUGAAAAUGUUACAGCACUUUAGUAUUCAGAAUUAUCAACUCAAUGUAUACACCCAAAUGCUUCAAAUUUAGUCUGGCAAAUUAUCGCUAUAAAUGAAAUGCAAUUUCUAUUAAACUACAAGUGAAGAUAUGCUGCUUUUAUGAAUUAACUUUCCUCAAUGAACCGAGAUUAAAAAUUAAGUUACGUGCCUCUGCUGCCACGACACACAGCACUUAUCUACAAAGGAGUCAGGUGUUUGAUAUUUGGGAAGUCAUGGGCAGCAGCCACUUGGAGGCAGGCACCUUACAUACAGCCAAAUGCAUGUGGCAAUUUUCCCUUCAUGAUUGGUAACCUUCUUCCCGUGCUUUUCAUAUCGGCACAAUUGCUAUAGUUUAGGGACACUUACGGUCUCUUACGGACCCUUUGAUAUGUAAUAUAUAUUGACAGAAGUCAAAACCAGAGAAUAUCAAUGGUGAAAAUUGUCUUGAUUGGACCCCACAUUCAAGCAGCAUUCAGGAAAACUCAGGGUGUGUACACAACAAAAACUUGAGAGGGCAGAAUGUUAUCUUUCAUUUUAAUAAAACCUAGGAUUACUUAUAUCCACAUUGUACGACUUCUAGCGCCUAUCCUUACGACUUAAUAUCUUUUAGGGGAAAGGUAAGAUUCCUGAUCCAGUAAGUCUCCACACCAACAGGCAAUGAUUGCCGGAAGUGGUCACCGGUGGACACGCGGCCAACUCACAAAGAAGUUUUACUCACAUGAUACACACUGUUGAGAAACGGCAAGAUUCUCCAGCGGCACAGUAAGGUGGAGCUACCCGGCUUAUUUCAGAGGUUGCUGCCCACUGAAGUUGGUGAAAGCUGCACGUGCGAAACACUCGUUAAUUAUUUUGUCAAGUCGAUACUUCUCAUAAAACCUCUUUAUAAGCAGUCCGAUCACCAUUUUCACUCUAUUGUAGCUAAAGAAAUCAUUGCAAAGACAAGUAAAGAUAAUUAGCACUUAGCAUAAGAGUCAGAGCUGUAACAGCAAUCAAAAAAUUAUCUCAGUUCCUUCACAGAUCCAUACUGGAUUUGGAAACCAAUGGCCAAAUAAUUGAGUGAGCCAGAAAGACUGGCCUUUCAGAUCCUCCACAGCCUCCUUGCUUCUUUAUGUGCUGCGUGAGUGUGCGAGAGAAUAUACGUAUAUCAUGGCCAUGCAGACCAGUGGAGCUGAUGAGUUCCACAGCCUUGGAUCAUCUCUCAGUCCAUGACAUGCUUAGGUCAUGUUUCUUCCUCCUUCCUCGACUCAGGAAUUCAGUCUCUUAA